UCUUAAAACCUUAGCUGACUGGAUGCAGGGAUUUUCUGUCUGAAUUAAAUGGCUUGUAAACGCUUUGGGAUUAGUAAUGGGUUCUCCUGGGGAUAACGUUGUUAAAAACGAUUAGAAUAAGAAUUAGUUUUUAAUUUUUCUGUCCGUUUAACUUGGCUGUGAACAGAGUGGUGAGGAUUGGAAGCUAGCUCAGGGAUUUCAUCAUGGCGGAUAAUACCAUGAGCAAAGCUGCUACCAUGGAGAUCCCCAUAAAUAGCAAUGGAGAUACAGGAGCUCUGACUGAGGAUGACAGCCUGGAGCAGGAUCUGCAGCAGGUGAUGGUGUCAGGACCCAACCUGAAUGAAACCAGUAUCGUCUCAGGAGGCUACGGUGGACCUGCUGGGGGGAUCAUUCCUACAAGCUCCAUCAAAGGGCCUGCAGUGCGCUACAACCCUGAGUAUCUGGACAGAAGACGAACCGCUGCACCAGGACUAGGUGGCUCUUCCUCAUUUGGUGUGACCAUUUUCUCACUCCUGCUCUUCAUCGCCACCAUGCUCAUUUCAGACAUUCGCAUGAAAUCCAGGGGUGCUAACUUGCAUAACAGUAAUGCUUCCGCCAGUCGACUUGCCCAUCACACAAACCCAGGGUCAAUAAACCAUAACACCAAUUCCACUGAAGAAGUUUCUCGUGGUGUAGCAGUGGAGAAACUUGACAGUGUAAAGAAGUGGGGCAUUAAUACAUACAAGUGCACAAAGCAGAUGUUUUCUGAGAAAUUCGGCAGAGGUUCACGAACCGUUGAUUUGGAACUGGAAGCCCAGAUUGAUGUUUUGAGAGACACAAAGAGCAAAUAUGAAAACAUUCUAAGACUGGCGACUGCUCUGAUCACUCAUUUCCAAAGCAUGGUACAAACGCAGCAGGCUCUCGGGGACACGUUCACAGACCUGAGUCAGAAGUCCCCUGAGCUUCAGGAUGAAUUUGGGUAUAAUGCAGAGACGCAGAAGCUGCUGUGCAAGAAUGGUGAGGCUUUGCUGGGUGCAAUCAACUUCUUUGUGUCCAGCGUGAACACCCUGGUCAAUAAAACCAUGGAGGAUACCCUGUUGACAAUUAGACAGUAUGAAAAUGCAAGGCUUGAAUUUGAUGCCUAUCGCUCUGAUCUGGAGGAGUUAAGCUUGGGUCCAAGGGAUGCAGCUGCUAUGGUUCGCAUUGAGAUGGCUCAGCAAGACUACCAGGUCCACAGAGAGAAAUAUGAGCGGCUCCGUAGUGACGUCUCCAUCAAACUUAAAUUUUUGGAGGAAAACAAGGUGAAGGUGAUGCACAAGCAGCUGCUUCUCUUCCAUAAUGCAAUCUCAGCUUACUUUGCUGGAAACCAGCAGCAGUUGGAACAAACUCUUAUACAGUUCAAUGUAAAGUUAAAGCCUCCAGGAUCAGAUAAGCCUUCUUGGCUGGAGGAGCAGUAAUGGACCCACAAGGUUAAUCUUCAUCUUGAAAUUUUCAAUGACACAACUGAUGACUUGGUAGAAUGAUAUAAAGGAAACGAUUAAAGGAAGUUAUUGUAGAAUCUGUAGGGACCCUGAUAGGAACAGUUUGUAAUGCGUUUUUUUUUCUUUGCAUAUUUUUUCCCUUUAUGUCAUUGAUGGAAAUAUUAUUUUCUAGUGCAUCACAAAACUCUCAUUUCGCUUUCCUUAUACUUGGCACAAUCCUUCACCGAUGCAUCACAUAUUCAUGUGCAGAUUGUGUUGUAUUAUUGGAGGUUCCCUUGGACAGUUUUGCACAUUAUUCUUUGCUCUUUGCCUAUAGAUGCAUUUAACAUGUUACUGUAUAUAAAAUGUUAGAAAUUCCAAAAGUUGGAAUCAUACAUCACUGAGAAAGUGUACAUAAUGUUAUCACAUAUCAUCCUAAAUGGUAUUUAUUUUCUCAAUCAUGAUCUUCUCGUUUCAAACUAUUUUAUUUUAAACAUAUGGGUUUAUUGACCAUUUCAAAUUGGCCGAGGGUGUUUCUGCUGUUACUUUGUGAAUUACCUGUUAAAAGGGUUGUUAAAAUGCAUCUAUAAUGGAAAUGCAUUUUUUUUUCACCCUGAAAAACAAAAUAUAGAGACUUUGGUUUGGUUAUCCCUAAAAACGGUAUGUUUUAACAAGUGCAGUACCACUAUUAGCUUUUAUAUUAUAUAAAAUUCCUCCCUAUAUAAUAUAAAAACAUUUUUUUUUUGCUUUGCUUUUCCAAAGUUCACAUAGAAACCUCCUUAUUUAACCUGCUGCCAUACUUCCCAUCAAUGAAAGUGCUUUUCCCUUUCCUAAAAAAUGCAUAGUUCUCAUUUACAAGGACACAAACCUUCAAACUCAGUAUCUGUGGUCAUAAGUUUUUUGGGGUAUCACAGGAUCUGUCUGUGAAGCUAUGAACAGGCUGUGAGACUUAUUCUAAGCUCAUUGUAAAACUGAAACCAGUAAACACUUAAUUGUAAAUGCACUUUACUUUAAAUACAAAAGUCAGUGUUCCUUCCAAGACAGAAUGUAAAAAGUAUCUUUAUUCAUAUUUUUCUUUAUCCACUUGUUAUAUGGCAGUGUGUAAUACUGAAGGUCCUAAGUUGUCAGAUGGCUGUGCUUUUCCUUCCUCUGCGAUUCCAAUAAAGUGCUGGAUGUUAAAAGUG